GAAUUAGAAAGACGUGGUCAUGAAGUAGCUGUUAUUUAUGAAUCAUUACCACCAGGUACAAAAUUAUUACAAGCUCAACGUUUUAAUGAUCCCAAUGAUCCAUGUAAAAUAAUGGUCGCCACAGAUGCUAUUGGCAUGGGUUUAAAUUUGAGUAUUAAACGUAUUAUUUUCUAUAGUCUUCUAAAACCACAAUUAAAUGAACAAGGAGAAAAAGAAAAAGAUACAGUGACAACAUCUCAAGCUUUACAAAUUGCUGGUCGAGCUGGAAGAUUUGCAAGUGCUUUUCCAGAUGGUGAAGUAACAACAUUUCGACGUGAUGAUCUACCAUUAUUGAAAGAUAUUGUUAGUCGACAAGUAGAAACAAUUAAACGUGCUGGACUUCAUCCAACAGCUGAACAAAUUGAAAUGUUUGCCUAUCAUUUACCUAAACAUUCACUUUCACGUUUAAUUGAUAUAUUUAUAGUUUUAUCGCAAUUAGAUGAUAGUCUAUUUUUUAUGUGUAAUGUUGAAGAUGUUAAAUUUCUUGCUGAUAUUAUUGAACAUGUACCAUUACAACUUCGUGCUCGUUAUACAUUUUCAUGUGCUCCAAUUAAUAAAAAAAUGCCAUUUGUUUGUACUAUGUUUUUGAAAUAUGCACGUCAAUUUAAUCGUAGUGAACCAACAACAUUCGAUUGGCUUGCAAAACAAAUAGGUUGGCCAUUUGAAAUAUCAAAUACAGUUAUGGAUUUAGUACAUUUAGAAGAAGUUUUCGAUUGUCUAGAUCUUUAUUUAUGGCUCAGUUUUCGUUUUGCUGAUAUGUUUCCUGAUAAAGAAUCAAUUCGUGGUAUUCAAGCUGAACUUGAUCAAAUAAUUCAUGCUGGUGUACAAAAUAUUGUUAAACUUAUACAUCAAACAAAUCAGGGCUCGAAACAGGCCAUUUUUUCAUGGUCCGAGCCGGCCCAAAGCGGCCCAAAACUUAUUCAAGCCCGCCCGGCCCGACGCUAA